AUGGCUAAAGGUUUCAAGUUGAAGGAGUUGCUUUCGCAUCAAAAGGAAAUUGAAAAAGCUGAAAAGCUUGAAAAUGACCUAAAGAAAAAGAAAUCCCAAGAAUUGAAGAAAGAAGAACCAACUAUCGUUACAGCUUCUAAUUUGAAAAAGCUUGAGAAGAAAGAAAAGAAGGCCGAUGUUAAGAAGGAAGUUGCUGCAGAUACUGAAGAAUAUCAAAGCCAAGCCCUUUCUAAAAAAGAGAAAAGAAAGUUGAAAAAAGAAUUGAAAAAAAUGCAAGAACAGGACGCUACCGAAGCUCAAAAGCAUAUGUCUGGCGAUGAAGAUGAAUCUGGCGACGAUAGAGAGGAAGAAGAAGAAGAAGAAGAAGAAGAAGAAGGAAGACUGGAUCUUGAGAAAUUGGCCAAAAGUGACUCUGAGUCUGAAGAUGAUUCUGAGUCUGAAAAUGAUUCUGAAGAGGAUGAGGAUGUCGUUGCUAAAGAAGAAAGCGAGGAAAAGGAAGAGCAAGAAGAAGAACAAGACGUUCCAUUGUCAGACGUGGAAUUUGAUUCUGAUGCAGAUGUCGUUCCACAUCAUAAACUAACCGUCAACAACACAAAAGCGAUGAAACAUGCCUUAGAAAGGGUACAAUUGCCAUGGAAAAAACAUUCAUUCCAAGAGCACCAAAGCGUUACAUCAGAAACUAAUACGGAUGAACAUAUUAAGGACAUAUACGAUGAUACUGAAAGGGAAUUAGCAUUUUACAAGCAAUCACUGGACGCUGUUUUAGUAGCACGUGACGAAUUGAAACGACUAAAAGUACCCUUCAAAAGACCAUUGGAUUAUUUUGCUGAAAUGGUGAAAAGUGAUGAACAUAUGGACAAGAUUAAGGGUAAGUUGAUUGAAGAAGCCAGUGACAAGAAGGCACGUGAAGAAGCUAGAAGACAAAGGCAAUUGAAGAAAUUUGGUAAGCAAGUCCAAAACGCUACCUUACAGAAACGUCAAUUGGAGAAAAGAGAAACACUGGAAAAGAUCAAAUCUUUGAAGAACAAAAGAAAGCACAACGAGAUCGAUCACUCCGAGUUCAACGUCGGUGUAGAGGAAGAAGUUGAAGGAAAAAGGUUCGAUAGAGGCAGGCCUAACGGAAAGAGAGCCGCAAAAAACGCUAAGUAUGGCCAAGGAGGCAUGAAGAGAUUCAAGAGGAAGAAUGAUGCUACCUCUUCUGCUGAUGUCAGCGGCUUUUCUUCCAGAAAAAUGAAGGGGAAGACCAAUAGACCAGGAAAGAGUAGACGUGCCAGAAGAUUCUAA